GGCAGCUGUGGUCGGCGAUUUCUCCUCUCGGGUUUGGGUGAUUCCGUAUUUUGUGCAAUAUAACACGAAAUUUGCAAAAACGGCAGCGUUAUCAACGUCGGCGUGUCCUUGGGGUGUUCCUUCCCCCUCGUCUUCUUGAGUGAUUGAGUUAUGCGCUACGGUUGGCGAGGAACUGCGGUGCUGCUGUUCCGAUCGUAAUCAGUCCGUUCCCGAUAAACAUCUUCCCGAUUGCUGCACCAUCACCAGCUCUUCCUCCUCAAGAACGCACCUGCCUGCCUGUCGCGGUGCCGUGUGGGUGGCGGAGCGGCACUUGCACUUCAACCGAUUGUCGGCGGCAAGGAUCAAUCAGGGCCAAUCAUCAAACCAAAGACCAAAGAGGAAGGGAAAGAGAGAAAGCGGGAGCGUACGAACGUGUGAUAGAGUGAAAGCGGUCAAGCGAUGGCAGCACUUAAUCAGGCGCUCGUGCUGGCACUCGAAACCAGCAACCCGCGGGAAUCGUACCUGGUGGCGACGGAGACCCUUCUCCGACUACUGGACAACAUUAUCCGCGAACCACAGAACGCCAAGUACCGGACGGUGCGGCUGGAGAACCCCUCCAUCAAGGAGAAGCUGCUAUCGGUGGUGGGCAUGAAGCAGUUGAUGCUGGGCAUCGGGUUUAUCGAAGCGAACGGCACACUCACCGUACCACCCAACGUGCUACUGGCCAGUUUGCGCAAGUACCGCGAGUUUAUUCACGAGCGCAAGGAGCUGAUCAAGAAUCCACCAAAACCCUCGACCAGCAUUGACAAGGAUUCACCGGCAUCGACCACGGUGAAUGCGAAAAGCAACGGCACAGGCGGUGGCAGAACGGUAGCCGACGGCACGAGCGACGUCGAUAUGGCCUCCUUUGUACCCUCGGCCACUGGCAAUGCCAACGACAGCAGAUCAGCGAUAGAUAGUGCGACCACGGCUCCGGCGACACCAGUUAUCAGAGCUAGUAGACCAUUCCUAGCACGGAUUGAAUUCCCGCGAGUGCUACCACCAGGCAACUCGCUGCUACAGCAGCUAGAGCUGCUUUCCGAUCAGGUGAUGCAGUACGAGGACGAUCUGCUGCAGGCCAGUGGCCGUAGUUUAAUCCCUCUCGAGCGGUUGCGCGCUCGAGCGAAGGAAAAGCAAACGCAGUGGCGCAGACUUUUGCAACAGGGCGCCGAUUCAACCGAGCAGGAACCGAGUGCCGAGGAUUUGCUGGUCGAGGAGCUGACGGCCUGGUUCCGGGGUGAGUUUUUCCGCUGGGUCAACGCACUGCCCUGUACCGUGUGUGGCAACGAGCAGACGCAGCUCGUCCAGAGCACCGUCGAGGAUGGGGUACGCGUCGAGGUGUAUCGGUGCUGCGGUCAGCUGCGUCGCUUCUAUCGCUACAACGACGUAGAAAAGCUACUACACACACGACGUGGCCGGUGUGGUGAGUGGGCCAAUUGUUUCACCUUCCUGUGCCGUUGCCUUGGAUACGAAGCGCGGUAUGUGUUCUCUACCGGUGAUCACGUGUGGACUGAGGUCUGGUCCGAACGACGCCAACGCUGGAUCCACGUGGAUCCGUGUGAGAACGUGCUCGAUGCACCCCUCAUGUACGAGCACGGUUGGCGCAAAGAGAUAACGUUCGUGUUUGCAUUCGCCCACGAUGACGUACAGGAUGUGAGCUGGCGUUACUCAAACGAUCACACGAACCUGGUGCAACGGCGCCGUACGCUGUGCCGUGAAUCGACGCUCCUCGAUGCGGUCUGGAAGCUAAGGGGCAAGCGGCGCGCAAAGCUCAGUGCUGACCGCGUUGCGGCCCUGCGUCGACGAACGUUUGACGAAUGCCUCGAACUGUUGGCUUGUGGCCAGCGAGUACCGACGCCCGGAGAGCUGGAGGGCCGCAGUUCCGGUAGCCUCGAGUGGCGGUUGCAACGAGGUGAGCAGCAAGUCAACACACGCUACAUGUUCAUCCCGACGGCGGACGAGGUGCAGGCAAAGCAGUUCAACAUCCGGUACUGCUGUGCCACCGAUCGCUACGAACGGUUUCUGAAAGGAUCCAGCAAUAGAGUGAACGAACGGAUCACGGAGACAUCGAACGGCUGGCAAAGCCUACAGUACAUGAGCAGAAACAUCUUCCGCAAGGAGGAACACGACUGGCAGAUGGUCUAUCUCGCACGAACUGAGGGCACCGAGGAGGCCACCAUUGAAUGGUAUUUCGAUUUUUCGGUGCAGGGUCUGCGCGUAAAACAGAUCGAGCUACGUUUCGGCCAAGAAACGUACGAAAGCGCCAAGGUGGAACUUUACUUCAUCAAAGCGGACGGAUCUCGCUCCGAGGCGCUGUCGUCGUUGUGCGAGUGUGGCAAGUUUACGCUUCAGGCGCGCUUAUCCGGUGGUAGCUCCUGGCAGCACGCUCAACUCUUCCGACAAUCCAAAGCAUCGACCGACGAGUGUCCAUUCGAGAUGAACGUGAUUUUGAUGUAGAAACUCCCUUUCGCUUGAAGGGUCCGGAAGGGCGCCGGUGUCUUCAAAAAAAAAUCGAAACCAAAACCAGAAGCAAUACUGCGCGUGUACCACUGAAAUCGAGCUGAGUAAAACGAUAUCCGUGGUUCAGCGGAUAAGACCAGCGCUGACAUGCGCGCUAACGGCUCUAGCUAGUCCCACCUACCGGGCACAGCACCCCACGGUGGCAUAUUUAAUGGAAAAACGUUUUGAGCAUACUUGCAGCAACCAGGUAACCAAAUAUUGACAUUCCUAAUCAACAACACAAACCCUCCGCGUAGCUUUCGGGCGCCAGCUUCGUUUU